AUGUCACUUCAAGAACACCUGAGAGGCCUGCCCGAAUGGGCCGACGAUCAAAAAUGCGGCGCGCUCUUUUCGUCAUUUCGAAAUAGGAAUUUUGAAGAAGAAGACUUGGAGAGCUGGAUGUAUAAAAUUAACUUUUGGUACCCGCUGAUAUUGUACACCUCGUAUCGGGGAAUGCUCCCUGCAAAGGAGACAUCUAUUUUCUCGUUUGAAGUGGCAACACUUCCCGUUGCGUUCAGAAGAAAGGGGAUUUCUCCUCUUGGGCUUCCAACAGUCAUUUCAUUCCAAAUGGAAAAGGGUCUUUUCUACACAAAGCAUGACUUUUUUACAGCCUCUUCAUUGAAAAUCCCGACCAACAAAAGGGAUUCCCUUUUUCAAGGUCUUAUUAGGAACCUUUUUAGGUCUUUCUUAAGCCCAUUUUCAGAUGGGAAAUAUUCCAGGGAAAUUCCCCCAGAUUCUACAAUUGUGGUGAUUGAAAAUCUUCAAGAACCGGUAAUAUUAGUGUCCAAUGAUGGCUCAAAGGCCAUGAUGGCAGAUAAAUCGACCGUUACUAACAUCUGUUCGCUAAAGCUUACCCUUCGGCUUGUAAGCUCGCAAAUUGAAAAGUCUGAAGCGGAGCAAGAACAGCUAUUGACAGAAAUUAAAAACAAUUUGCACAACAAGACAAAAUGCUUGGCUCUACUAAGGCGGAAGAAUUCCCUGCUCAGCUACGAGGAUGCCUUGCAAAACAACAAGAACAACAUAUACCAAAUCAUAAACUCAAUUAGAUUUGCCGUGAGUAGCAAGGAAAUGGGUCGAUCCCUGCAACUUGGGUCUUCUACUUUGAAGAAUCUUCUAUCGUCUGUUGAUAGCAAAGAGGAUAUUGAUACCCUCUAUUUAGACAUUAAUGAGCUCAUUUCCUAG